AUGGCUCCCAUCCUCAACCUUCUCACGGUCGUGUCCGCUCUCGUCGGCACCUCCUUUGGCUUGGCCAACGUAAGGAUAUGUGACCAGCCCUUUGGCUCGCCCGCGGCCAACUGCCGUCAACAGGACGCCGGCAACGGCGUGUGCUAUAACGUCACGCCCGAGUUCAAUGACAGAGUGGUAUCCGCAUUAAUCACGGGCGGAAGCUGCGUGUUUUGGCAGUGA